UACGAGUCCAAAGUUCCUCAUGAAAAUGCAGGAACAAACCGAUGAUUAUCAACGACAGGAUGAUGCCAACAACGUCGAUGAAAAAACUAAAAAAAGCAACGAUGAAGAAGGAUUCGAUCUUGACGAUCUUUUGCCGAUCGUUGGUGAAUUUGGCCGUUAUCAGAAACAACUGUUAUGGCUCGUAUGCCUACCGGCAUGCUUGCCUUGUGGUUUUUGUGCUUUCAAUCAGCUAUUCAUGGCGGAUACACCAGCCCAUUGGUGCAAAGUACCUGGACUGGAAAAUAUGGAUAUUUCUCGAAGAAGGAGACUCGCCAUUCCUACCAGUCAGGAUGACAACGAAACGUACAGUCAAUGCACACGAUAUGACGUCGAUUGGACGACAGAAAAUGCAUCCAAUACGAGAACAAACUCUUCGUGGUCCAUAGUACCCUGUGAUCAUGGUUGGGAAUACGAUACUUCUGACAUCACGUCAUCGAUAGUUAUUGACUUUGAUCUCGUUUGUGAACGUGCUAUUUAUCCAACGAUCGGUUUGGUUGCAUUAAAUACAGGUGGACCUAUUGGAGUUUAUCUUUUUGGUAGUUUAAACGACAGAAUCGGUCGUAGACUAUCUUUCUUUACGUGUUUAGCGACAUUGAUUACCGGUGGUUUUCUCACGUCCAUAUCUAACAGUUUUUGGACAUGGGCAGCUACCCGAAUGGUAGUUGGUUUAACCAUACCCGCUAUUUAUCAAAUACCCUUCAUCAUAUCGUUAGAAUUGGUUGGACCUAAUUAUCGAUCAUUCGUGACAGUAAUGACGUGUAGCUUCUAUACAAUGGGUUUAUGUAUGCUAGCAGGUGUUACCUAUUUAAUAAGAGAUUGGAGGAUGUUAGCAAUUACAACGAGUGCUCCUUUUCUAUUAUAUUUCUUUUAUUGGUGGUUCCUUCCUGAAUCUCCACGAUGGUUAUUGGCUAAAGGUCGAUUGGUAGAAGCGAACGAUAUUCUUGAAACUUUAGCACGCGUCAAUGGCAAAGAACUUCCAGCAUCAUUCACGCAAAAGCUUCGUCAACGAAUGACAAUGUCCAGAACGAAAAGUGAAGAAGAAAGGCUACGCAAUGGACCUGGUGUCUUGUCUCUUUUUAAAACACCAAAUAUGCGUUUAAAGACCUGCCUUAUUACAUUAAAUUGGUUUGCCAAUAAUAUGGUAUACGUUGGAUUGUCUUAUUAUGGACCUGCACUUGGAAACGAAGAACAUCUUAGUUUUCUUUUUUCAUCGUUAGCCGAAAUUCCCAGUUAUAUGGCUUGUUGGAUAGUCAUGGAUAGGUGGGGUCGCAGAUGGCCGUUGUGUCUUUGCAUGGUUGUAGCCGGUGUCUCUUGUAUAGCAACAGUUCUACUUUCUGCUGAUGCUGUUGUAGCCACAUUAGUAUUGUUUCUUUUAUCAAAGUCUGCAAUAUCAGCCUCGUUUUUGAUCAUAUAUCCGUUCGCUGGUGAACUGUAUCCAACACAAUUACGCGGUGUUGCAAUUGGUUUCUCCGCUUAUAUCAGCGGACUUGGUCUUAUCAUCAUUCCAUUCGUUACAUACUUGGGUAAGGAAAAUUUAGUUUUGCCUUUGGUAAUUUUCGGCUGUGUCGCGGUGAUCGGUGGUCUUUCGGGUUUACGAUUACCAGAAACUUUACACCAUCGACUUCCGCAAACAGUUGAGGAAGGUGAACUCUUUGGAAAGGAUUGGACUUGUGCAGAUUGUAUUAGGUGCAUACCGACUAAACCUUCAUCUGUAGCGGCUUCCUAUGAGGACCUGUCGGCAAGAGAAACUGUUGAAAUGCACGAGGUACCUGAACUUCCAAUGACUCAAACAACUACACCAACACAAGCGAUAUCUCAAAGAAUUUUAGAGGAACAACAAAGACCGAGCAGUGCGAGCGUUCGCCGUCUUGUUCGACAAUCUAGCGUGAUGGAGACACAACGAGACUCGGAUGGUUCUAUAAAGAUGACAUAUUGGUUUUAGAACUCGAACAAAUUCGAACAGAAUCGUCUAUUAUUUAUACAUGUUAGAUUAUCGUCUUCACCAUCCAUUUUUCUUCUAUCUAUCAAUCUACCCUCGCCAUGACCACUCUGAUCGUGUAACGAUGACGUACCCGUAAGACUUCCAUCGUUGUAACUUCCCGAAUUGUCGAGCCUCUCUUCGUCUCCGGUACUACAAAGGUAUAAUGAGAAAAUAAACAAUUUAUUUGAAAUAAGUUUAUCUUGAAUUAUUAAUUUAACAUUGGGUAAGCUGGA